AUGGUGAGGGCUCCCCUCAUGCUCGGGCCCCUGGCGCUUCUCCUGUCGCCCUGGCUGGCCGCGGCAUCGUCUUCGGAGGCGCUGAAGGAGCGGCCGGUCUCCAAGGUGAUCACCAUCCUCAAGGACAUGCUCAAGACGAUGGAGAAGGAGCAGGAGGAGGACGAGGCGAUCUACGACAAGCUGGCGUGCUGGUGCGAGACCAACGACAAGGAGAAGACGAAGGCGAUUACGGAGGCGGAGGCCCGCAUCGCGACCCUGGAGUCCUCCAUCGAGGAGGACACGGCCGCCAGCGCCAGGCUGAGCACGGAGAUCAAGAACGCUGAGCAGGAGGUGGCGAAGAACCAGCAGGCCCUGGACAAAGCCACCGCGAUCCGGGAGAAAGAGCUGGCUACGUUCAACGAGGAGGAGAAGGAGAUGCUGCAUGCGGUGUCCGCCCUCAAGCAGGCCAUCACGGUACUGUCCAAACACCACAGCGGUGCCUUCCUGCAGGUGCCGCGCACGCACCUGCUCAGCGUGGCGGCCACACUGCAGCACCUGACCGAGGAGCACUCGGAGCUCCUCAGGGGUGUCUUGUCGCCUUCCGAGCGGAGGAUGGUCACUUCGUUCGUGCAGUCCGCCGACAAGCAGGGCUACGCACCGCAGUCGGGCGAGAUCUUCGGGAUCUUGCAGCAGAUGAAGGAGACUUUUGAAAAGGACAUGUCGGAGACCCAGAAGGAAGAGAUGGCGAACCAGAAGGCGUACGAGGAGCUCAAGGCGGCAAAGGAGGCGCAGGUGGCCGCAGGGCAGGAGCAGGUCAACAGCAAGACGCAGGAGCUUGCGGAUACAGACCAGCGCCUCGCCAACUCCAAGACGGACAUCGAGGACACCAAGAAUUCCCUCGGAGCGGACCAGAAGUUCCUCAUGGAGCUGAAGGAGAGGUGCUCCAUGACCGACUCGGAGUGGGAGACGCGCCAGAAGACCCGGUCCCUCGAGAUGGAGGCCGUCUCGAAGGCGCUCGCAAUCCUCAGCUCGGACGAGUCCCACGACGUGUUCACCAGGACAUUCAACCCCACGCUGGCGCAGGUACGGCGCAGCACCGGCUCCUCGCGCCGCGAGCAGGCCUCGCGGAUGCUCGCGCGCGCGGCGGCCAAGCUGCACAGUCCGCGGUUGUCCAACCUGGCCACGCGCGUGAAGCUGGACGCGUUCGAGCGCGUGAAGAAGGCGAUCGACGAUAUGGUGGCCUCCCUGCUCGAGGAGAAGGCCGCCGAGAUCAAGCACAAGGACUUCUGCGUGAGCGGGUUCUCCGAGAACCAGCUGCAGACCGAGAAGAAGGAGCGCGCGAAGCAGGAGCUGCUUGCCCAGAUCGACACGCUCGAGAGCACCAUCAAGGACCUCACCGAUGCCAUCGACUCCCUCAAGGCCGAGAUCGCGGAGAUGACGGUGCAGCUCAAGCAUGCCGGGGAGGACCGCGAGAGGGAGAACCAGGCGUUCCAUGCGACCAUCGCAGACCAGCGUGAGACGCAGAAGGUGCUCGGGGCGGCGCUGGAGGCCUUGAGGGCGUUCUACGGGAAGCAGGAGGCCCUCGUGCAGCAGGGGCAGGAGCCGCCGCCCGGCUUCGGCGAGUACAAGAAGAGCGCCGCCAGCGGCGGGGUGAUCGACCUCAUGCAGUCGAUCAUCGCGGAUGCGAAGGCCAUGGAGGACGAGACCGUCCGGUCCGAGGAGGAUGCGCAGAAGGGGUACGAGGAUUUCGUCCAGGAGACGAACGGCUCGAUCGAGGCGAAAAAGCGGGAGAUCAUCAACAAGUCCGAGGAGAAGGCCAAGGCGGAAGCCGACCUGGUCGUGGCCAAAGAGAACAAGGACAAGGUACUGCUCGAGUUGGACCAGCUGUCGAACUACAACGCGCAGCUGCACUCGAGCUGCGACUUCAUUAUCAAGAACUUCGACCUGCGCCAGACGGCGCGCGACGAGGAGGCGAAGGCCAUCCUCUCCGGGGCCAAGUUCGAGGAGCUCCUGCAGACCGCCUGCGGCGGGGCUCAGAAGUGCAGUGCCCUCGCCCAGCAGACCGGCGACCGUUUCGACACCGUUUUCUGCGGAGGCAAAAGUAGGGCCAGCGGCGUCGCCGUGCUCGUCGGGCGCCGCUUCUCGGGGGCCGGCUCCAUCGGGCCGCCUGUGGCGAUCGCCCAGGUGCAAGUGUACUUGGCCCAGCCCCGUGCCACCUUGGAACCGCUGCCACACUGCAUGCACGUGGACGUCGCGGUGUUUGACCAGGGCGCUCUGGAGGCCGAGGGCCCAGCAGUUGCCAAGGAGGCGGCCAUCGCACCUGGCGUGGAACGUCGCCCAGACUGCCCAGGCGGCCGCGACAGCCGCGCCAGUCUGGGCCCGCAGCGCAUCGAGUCAGGCCAGCUCAUGGGCGCCGCGCCGGCCAUCUCGGGUUUUUUGCCUGAGUGGCUAGGGGUGCGGCAUGCCCCGGGCUCCGCGGCAGGCCUCCUAGAGCACCUCGACAGGGACCGCGAGUCGUGGACGCAGCUACUGGACAUGCACCACAGGACUGGCUUCACCGGUGCGGCCUGCGCCGAUCCGCCCCAGCGGCACGUCCGCUCGGUGCACCGCCGCGUCGCGGGCGCGGGCAGCCGCCUCGCGCGGCCUUUCGCGCGCCUUCGGCCCGCGGGCUGCCGGUCCGCUCCAGGCCCGCUCGGGCUGUGGUGCCCACGCGGCGCUCCCGGGGAGAUGCAGAAGUGGCCAGCGGCCAUGGGGGACGAUGGCUUCGAGCAGGUAAAGUACGGCAUGGCGUUCGAGAAGGAUACCUAUGCGGAGGGCAGGGGGAUCUCGGGGAUGUGGUUCGAGAGCGAGUCGGCAUGCACGCCUCGCACCACUACGACGUUAGGUCCACAGACGGUGCAGGGUGCUCCACCAGUGGAUGUGAUGAUCGGCUCCACCAAGUUCGGCUACACGAUCGUGGACAGUGGCACCACGUUCACGUACUUCCCAGAGGCCGUCUACGUGCCCCUGGUCAGCGCCAGAAGGCACCACUGUGAGCAGGAGCAGCACGGCUGCGGCGCCACAGAAAGCCAGGCGGACAAGACGGUGCUGGGCAUCUCCUUCAUGCUGCACAAGGACCUCGUGUUCGACAUGGCAGAGGGCCGCCGGGGCUUGGCCGACGCGGACUGUGGCUCAGAGAGAAGCCAAGCCGCGCCCUUCGUCCUGGACGACGGGGAGACUCCGCUGGCGCGGCUGCCGCUCGACGCGCAGGGGCUGGCGCGCACCAUCGCCCGCGCCCCGCGCGCGGGCAUCCGCCGGCGCCCUGGAGCCUGGGCGGCGGCGCCGCCGCUGCACCGCGCCCUCCGCGCGGCGGCCGGCGGGUCUUCUCCCGCGUCGCGCUUGGGCGCGGGCUUGGGCCGAGGCGAUCGUCCCGAUUUUUCCGCCGGUAGCGGCGCUGAUGGAGGUGGCCCGGCAGGCCGCGAGCUUGCCGCGGCGAACUUGGCGCCAGACGGGCCGAUCCUCGCCGACUCCCUCGCGGCCAUGGCGGGCGACACGGCACCCCCUCCAGCCCCCGCCGGCGCAGCGGCUGCGAAGGACGCCGCUCGCGCCGCCGGUGCUGCGCGGUGGGGCGCGGCGGGUCGUGGCGGCGGCGCCGCCCCGGUGGCUGGUCGCGCAGAGGCCGUGCAGGAGCGGCGCCUGGUCGAGGCCGCGCUGCGCCCGCGCGAGGCACUGGACAAGGCCCUCUCCGAGACGCCGGCCAGGGUGCCGGUGCCGCACGAGCCUGCCAGAACCUCGGUGCCGCCGCUGUUCGCGGCGGGCUAUGCGGGCUACCUGGGUAACGCCCGAGACGGCGCCGAGCCGCGCGGGAGCGGCGGCGGCGCGGGCGCCGACAGCCAGCCAUCUGGCGAGCAGGCGGCGCGUGCCGUGGAGCGCGCGGUGUCCCUGCGGUCGGCCCGCCUGCGGGUGCUGCCCGCGCACCGCAAGAGCUUGUCGAAGGUGUUGUGCCGCGCUGUGCUGUUCCAUUUCCUGCAGGACAAGCGGCAGGCGCUCGGCCUCGGCUCGGGCCAGCCGCCGCUGUGGCUGUGGGAGGCGCGGCGCGCUCAGGAACACUCCUCUGCCGGGAACGUGGGCCUUCUCGUCAAGUACUUGGCAGAGACAGAGCUUCAUAUCGAAGAGGGCCCGGAGCGCCGCGCGCACCUUCCGGGCUCCGCCCCGCCCUGGCAAGUGGCGCAGCGCCUCCGCGCGGAGCGCAGCCGCCUGGUGCCCGGCUGGGGCCUCGCCUCCCGCGAUUUGCACGAGGACGCCGUGUUCCGCGUCUUCCUAGACGGGCGCCUGUCCUGGCCGAGGGUGCGCGAGCUCUUGCUGGAGCGCUCGCGCGGCGCCGAGCAGGUUAAGCAAAAAAACAGAGCGCUGCGUGCGCUCCGCGGGUCGGCUCGGGUCGUCCAGGGCACCGGCGAGCGCGAGGGCUGCGAGCACCGCGGGCUGGCUCUCGGCCUCGGGUCCAGCGGAUCGCAGGGCCUCGGCCUCGUUCUGGCCUCAGACAUCUUGAGCGUCGGCUGUGUCAAGGGCAUCUCGAGCGGGGUCCUGAGCGUGCAGGGCGGCGACCAGGCGUGCGACGGGCAUCGACCGCGCAGAAGCCCCGACAAGGCCCAGCCGGCGCGCGAGGUGCCGGCCAGUGCGCGGGCCGGCGACCGGGCGGGGACGGGCGCCCGCGACGGUAGGCGGCGCGGCGGCGCCGCGCUGGCGCUCGCCGCCGCGGUGGCCGGGCUGGCGCUGCUCUCCGUCCUGUCUGCGCCGCGCGUCGCGCGGGCGGAGCAGAGCCUCGAGGACUACAUGGAGAUGAAGGCCCAGCAGAACAGGGAGGCGGCGAGGAAGGGCUGCCUGGUGACGGUGGACGGGGUCACGUACGACGUGAGCGGCUUCAUGCGGCAACACCGUGGCGGGGCGGCCGUCCUGAGCUCGUAUUGCUGUGGGGACGCCACAAAGGCGUUCAACGUGCAGCACCAGGGCUUUUCGACUGGCAGGGCCAGACAGGCGCUGGCCUCGCUGCCGAAGGCGAGCGCCGCAAAGGUGGCCAAGAAGUGCCCAACAGCAGCAGCAUCACGGUAG